AUGCCGACUACAAGAUCAAGUAAUCCAAUUGGAAGGCCCAUCCAGAACGUACGGUUCAAGGUCUACACUCCACCUUCUUUAGCUAAACCUUCAUCGUCAGCACCAAAAGCUUCGUCGUCAUCAUCAUCGUCGUCGUCGUCUUUGCCUGUGCCUUUGCCUUCUUUUUUACCACCCAUAGUAAAUAAUCCUACAAGCGCACGUGCUACUACGGGACCGGCACAAAAUAGACCUGCAGAUCCACUCACUGCCUUAUCAACUACACAAGCUAAACGCAAAAGAGCACCCAGAUCUUCGGCACCCGCACCAAAGAAGCCUAGAACUCCACGUGGGUAUUGGGUCUUGGACAACAAACUUCCCCAUGUACGCGGUUCUUGGACUCCCAGAAAAGAGUUGGCUCUUUUGGAAUCUUACGCCGAGAUAUUUCCACCUCUUUGGCCAAAAGGCAAACGCCAGACUGCAUGGAGGCAAGUUAUUGACGCUGUCAACUCCGUAGCCCCUAAGGACGUGCCGCUAGGCUAUGACGCUUGUCGGCGCGCUGUUGAAAGGCUUUCUAAAAGUCGUAGAGACGGAACAGAUCUAGAGAAAGCUGCCUUGGAAGCAAUUGCAAGGAAAGAGAUUCAUGAAAAAGAAAUCAAGAAAAACAAGACCAGAGGACUUGAGAAGCAAAAAGCUAAAGAAGCAAAAUCAGCCAGUGAGGUGGAAUUCGUAAAAGAAAUCAUAGAUAAUAGAAAUCAACCGGAGUCAGGGAAUCAAAAUCCCACCGGAAACUUGGAUAAAGGAAACGAAAAUACAACCAGUGGUCAAAAUGCUGCCCCCCAAGUUAUUGAAAUCGAUGACGAUGACGAUGACGAUGAUGAUAACAGCAACGCAAACAACAAAUAUGAAAAUGAUGUUACUACUGUCGAGGACACAGACUCUAGCGAAGCAGAAAUGGAUUCGCCACAGGCCCAACGGCAGUUUCGCAAGGAUAUGAGGGAAUAUGCGAGAAACCAGGAAAAAACCAUGUCCAAUAUUGAUAAAACCCUCACAAACAUAAAUUCUACUCUUUCCAACAUAGAGAAGUUUCUUGACAGGUUUACAAACAAAUAA